GAAAUGAAAUUAUUUUACAUUCGAUAUGACUAAAGUAUAGAGGAGUAUGAGAGCACAGAAUUAUCUUAUAUACAACGCAACCAUCAGUAAAGUAACAAAUUGGUUCCUGCUUUCACUCUUAUUCUUUCCUGUUGUGCUUAUGUGCCAAAGGAGUAAAAACAGUAUAUCUGUAGGCAGCGAAUACCAAGGAAAAAUUUUUAUUGCAAUUCCUAAAAAAUUAUCUAUGGACACAAACACAGUAUUCUCUAUAAUAGCGUAUAAUGUUCCUGAUAACGAAGUACUAAAAGUUUCAAUAAAGGACUUUCCUGGAAUGACAAAAGUUUUUUCAUCGAAGAGAGUUACUUUAAAAAAUGGAAUUCCAGUUUUUCUAAACAUUAAAUUGCAUUCUGAAAAACUUUUGAGGUAUACCGAUGUGCGAUUUGGUGGACCAAAAGUAUAUGUUCUUGUAGAAGCUAAAAUAGGACAAAAAUUUAACAAAAAAAUAAAAUUACUCGUUGAACACGAUAAGAGAUACGUUUUUCUACAAACGGACAAGCCAAUUUAUAACCAGCAGCAAAGAGUACAAAUACGAAUUAUUCCAUUGAACGAGAAGUUAUUACCUGAAAACUAUAAAAUUCGAGUACAGAUAAAGAAUCCUCAAGACAUAAUUGUUCAAGAAACUCUUUUUACAGAGCCAUGGAAGCAAUCCUCUGGUCAAUUUCCUAGAAUGAAUUUUACAUUUCCUCCAUUCUGCAUUUUAGGAAAAUGGAAAAUAGAAGUUUCGUAUGGAAUUAACUUUCAGCAAAAGACAUCUGUGGCAUUCCGUGUUGAAGAAUACACUCUACCAACAUUUACUGUGAAACUUCAAGUGCCAGAUGUAAUUUUACCUGAAAGUAAAGUAAUUAAUUUUACUGUACAAGCAGAGUAUGUUUACGGAAAGAAACUUAAUGGAAUUGUAGUGUACGCAUUGAAUGUUGUGAAUAAAUAUGGAGAGAUAUUUCCAGCAGGAACUAAAAGUGUCGCUAUGAAAGAGGGAGAAACAAAGAUUUCACUAUGUACUUUGGACGUCUUAAAGAUGGCAAAAGUCGAGUAUUAUUCGUACAAGAGUAUAUUGUCCGUUAAUGUUUCUGUCAUAGAUGCGGCAACAGGAAUGAUGAAAAAUUCAAGAGAAGAACGAAUCAAAUUCGUAAAAUCUCCAUUUAUUAUCUCAUUUAAGAAUUCGUUCAAGUACUAUAAACCAGGAAUAGUGUCUGUGAUAGUGGCUGAUAUCACCUAUUUAAAUGGCAGAUCUGCAGCGAAUAUUCCCACUUUAAUUAAAAUUACAGAUGCCAGUAAUAAAGAUAUAAGAGUAAAUGAAUGGAAACAUAACACUGACAGAAAAGGUCGUGUCAUUUACUAUGUCACACCACCAGCAGAUACUGCAUAUUUACAUGUCAUCGUGAAAACACGUGAUUGCAGAUACAAAAGUGGACAACAAGCUUCUGGGACACACACAAUGUACAAAUUUCCUUCCGAAAAUUUUGUAGCGAUAUCGAGAACGGCAUCAACAAGGAAAGCUCAAAUUGGAGAAAAGUUCGUUGCAAAUGUUUACGCUCAUCCCGCUAGUAAAUUAAAAAAAUUAUUUUAUUUGGUUAUGGCUCGUGGAAAAAUUCUACUUUUAGAACAUUUACAUAUAAAAAUAUUUCAACAGAAACGAUUGGAAUUUGUUAUUACCACUGAAAUGUCUCCAGUUAUAAGAAUUCUAUUAUUUUCUUUAUUGAAUAAAGAAUUACUGGUGGACUCGAUGAGAAUUGAAGUAGAAGAAAAAUGUGAAGCAAAAUCUGAGGUUACUGUAACUCCCGAUUUUACAAAUAAACGACCAGGAGGAGUUGGGAAAUUUAUCUUAAAAGGAGAAUCCAAGACGAAAGUAGGACUUCUCGUUGUAGACAAAGUAGCAUUUUCUCUGAAAAAUCAAGGAAAAAUUACUAGAGAGGAUUUAUUCCAGAGAAUUGCCAGUUACGAUUAUGGAUCAGGAUUAGGAGAGGGAGAAAAUUCUCAAAAAACUCUAUUCAAUUCUGGUUUAUUUCUUUUUGGGAAUUUCGAAAUAGAAAAUAAAAUGAAUAAAGAAAAUGAUCGUAUGGGAAUAAAUUACUUGAAAAGUGUCAAGUUUAAAGAAACAGACGAAGAAGACUUUAUCGAUCCUUACGAUGACGAGUUUUACUUCCAUGAUGUUGACAUUGACAAAGGUAUAGAAGAAGAAAUAUCACUUCGAACUGAUUUCCCAGAUACAUGGUUAUUUGAGGAUUUCGAAAUUGGAUCAGAUGGAAUUGCAGUCGCCAAUACAAAAUUACCGAACGGCAUCACAUCGUGGACUAUGCAAACAAUUAGUAUAUCACCUCAAUGGGGAAUGUGCAUUUCUAAUCUGAUGGAAGUGAAAUCAUUUAAAAGUGUCUUUCUUCGAGUUAAUUUUCCACAUUCUGUUGUACGCAAUGAAGAAUUGUAUCUUGAAGCAACUGUAAUCAACUAUUUUCCACAGAAAUUGCCAGUGACUGUCUAUUUUUGUGGUGUUAAAAACCUAUAUACUGGCGUAAAAGAAGGUGAGAAAAGCGAACAAAAGAAAAUUAUAAUUGAUCCUCUUUCUGCAAGGACAGUGAACUUUUUAGUUGUUCCAUUAGAGGCUGGGGAUUAUUUUAUUCGUAUUGUGGCUCUAAGCCAUUACGAUGAAGAUACUGUUGUCAAAAAAUUGCAUGUAGUGGCCGAAGGUGUUACUGAAGAAGUGGAUAUUUUCGUUACGUUAGAUCCAACAAACCAACAAAAAAAGAAAAAAUUAAACGUCGUUACAGAGGUUUUAUCAGAUAAUAUAGAUACAGCGAAGCAACUUCAGGUGAUUAAAUUAAGUCUCCAACCGAAGAAACCAUACAUUCUUGGAACUGAAAUGAGUGCCAUAUGUCUGGUUGGUACCGAAUGUGGUCCUACACUACAAACAACAUUACUCGAUCCACAACACUUAAUCGAAAUGCCCUUUGGCCGUUGCGAUCAGACAAUGAUGUACAUGGGUCUAGCAACAUACACUUUUAACUUGUUGAAAAAUAGAGACAAAAUUAAUAUGAAAAUCGAAAAGAGAUUAUAUGAUAUUAUGAGUGAAGGUUAUGAAAGAGCACUCAGUUUCAGAAAUAAAGAUGGUUCAUUCUCUGUCUGGAAGCACAAACCUUCCAGCAUUUGACAGGAGGUAAUGGAAAAAUCCCUAUGACUGCAUUUUUGCUCACUAUUUUGCAAGAAUGUAAAUGUAGUUAUGUAAAUUCAACUUGUGCUCGGCUAAAUGCGAAAUCAUUUUUGGAAAUGCAGUACGAAUCC